AUGAUUUAUUGGCAAUUCGGCACUAGACAAUUCUUCCACUAAACAAAGUUCAAAAAUUAUUCAAUUUAAUUAUAUGUAUUCCCCACCUUAUAUAUGGCAUUUCAUUCCUUGGAAAAGCCACUCAUUGUGGUGCUCAGGCAAAAUGGUUAGACUUAAUUCUUCCUUUGGUUACUUCUUGAUCUUUGUAAUAUUUGCAUCUUCAAGUAGCUUGAAGCUGAAGGCAUCCGCUACUAAGAAGACUAGUGCUUCUUCUGCAUUGUUCAUCUUUGGCGACUCCACUGUGGACGCUGGCAACAAUAACUACAUCGAUACUAUACCUGAUAACCGAGCAGGUUUGAAGCCGUAUGGCCGGAAUGGCUUCUUCCAAGCACCCACCGGACGCUUCUCCGAUGGCCGCAUCAUAGUAGAUUACAUUGCUGAAUAUGCAAAGUUGCCGCUAAUUCCUCCAUUCUUACAACCUUCCGCCGAUUACACAUAUGGUGCCAACUUUGCAUCCGGUGGCGGCGGCGUUCUCCCUGAGACUAAUCAAUUAGGAAAUGUAAUAGAUCUUCCAACACAGCUAAAAAAUUUUGAAGAGGUGGAGAAAUCACUGACGGAAAAACUUGGAGAAGCACAGGCUAAAGAGAUCAUAUCGGAAGCAGUUUAUUUCAUUAGCAUUGGAAGUAACGAUUACAUGGGUGGUUAUUUAGGUAAUUUCACAAUGCAAGAAAAUUAUAUUCCUGAAGUCUACGUUGGAAUGGUCAUUGGGAACUUGACAAAUGCAAUCCAGGUGAAUAGCUUAUAUGAGAAGGGAGCAAGAAAAUUUGGAUUUCUAAGCCUGUGCCCUUUAGGUUGUCUUCCAGCUUUGAGAGCAAUGAAUCCCAAAGCCAGUGAAGGUGGCUGUUUUGAAGCAGCUUCUUCUCUUGCAUUGGCUCAUAAUAAUGCCUUGAGAGCUGUUCUCACAAGCCUUCAACAUCUAUUCAAAGGGUUCAAAUAUUGUAACUCCAAUUUCUAUAACUGGCUCAAUGACAGGAUCAAUAAUCCCACCAAAUAUGGUUUGAAAGAUGGAGUGAAUGCUUGCUGUGGAACCGGACCAUACAAUGGUAUCUAUAGCUGCGGAGGCAAUAAGAAAAUCGCCAAAUUCGAACUAUGUGAAAAUUCUGAUGAGUAUGUUUGGUGGGAUUCAUUCCAUCCGACGGAAAGAAUCCAUGAACAUUUUGCAAAAACUCUAUGGAAUGGAGCUCCGUUUUAUGUCGGACCUUAUAAUUUAGAAGAUUUUUUCUUCACCAAGGAAAAUCUCACCAUUGCUGAUGAAGUUGAUGACCUUGAUAAUAAUAAUGGAGGACUGAACUUUCAGUAAUAUGUAGAAAAGAGGAACCGUCAUGAAUAAGAAAACAUGUUGUACAACCUAUAAUUUAACAUUUAUGCCAUAUAUAUGAGUGUUGUUUCAUGUUCGCGAUUAAAUCGGAGUUAAAUGUAAAUAAAACUAUGAACUAUAA